ACUCUCUUUGUGAAUCGCUAGGGGACCCUGUGUGUUGCUCUUUUUUUUCAGGGUGCAUUGUGUAAUCUCAGGACCAUACAGUUCAGCUGAUGUACCGCUCGGGAUGUUACAGCAGCAGCCUAUCACGGGCAAUGGUCCCAAUUCAGGCCGGGGCCUUGGUUUGAACGUGCCUACCGGUAUGCAUCCAAUGAACUCGGUUCACCCAACAUCUCAGCAUCGGUCCGAUGGGGAAUCAGGCCUCGAAGGAUCAGAAAAUGGACACGAGAGCCGUAGGGAUAUUGGCGAUAUUUUGCAACAAAUCAUGACCAUUACUGACCAAAGUUUGGACGAAGCCCAAGCAAAAAAACAUGCUUUGAAUUGUCAUCGAAUGAAACCUGCAUUGUUCAGUGUGUUAUGUGAGAUAAAAGAAAAAACUGGGUUGUCAAUGCGCAAUGCUCAGGAGGAGGAACCACCAGAUCCCCAGCUCGUCCGAUUGGACAACAUGCUGUUGGCUGAAGGUGUUGCAGGCCCCGAGAAAGGGGGCGGGGCUGCCGCCGCGGUGUCCGCGGCGACCAGUUCAGGCGGGAUGUCGCCAGACAGUUCACUGGAGCACUCUGACUACAAGAGCAAGCUUAGCCAGAUUCGCACCAUCUAUCACACCGAGCUGGAGAAAUAUGAGCAGGCCUGCAACGAGUUCACCACCCACGUGAUGAACCUGUUGCGGGAGCAGUCCCGCACAAGGCCUGUGUCUCCCCGCGAGAUCGAGCGCAUGGUGGCCAUUAUCCACCGCAAGUUCAGUGCCAUCCAGACUCAGCUGAAGCAGAGCACCUGCGAGGCCGUCAUGAUCCUGCGCUCACGCUUCCUCGACGCCAGGCGCAAGCGGCGUAACUUCAGCAAGCAAGCCACAGAGGUCCUGAACGAGUACUUCUACUCGCACCUGUCCAACCCUUACCCAAGUGAGGAGGCCAAGGAAGAGCUGGCUAAGGGCUGUGGGAUCACCGUCUCACAGGUGUCCAACUGGUUUGGCAACAAGCGGAUCCGUUACAAGAAGAACAUUGGCAAGUUCCAGGAAGAGGCGAAUAUCUACGCCAUGAAGACGGCCCUGGGGGCCACGCAGCAGAGCGAGGACUCGCCGCACACCCCCAACUCCACCGGCUCUGGCUCCUUCUCCCUGUCAGGGUCGGCUGACCUCUUCCUGGGAGUGCCUCCGAUGAACGGGGCCGAGCAGCCGGCCUAUCACAUGGGAGCUCAGACUAAUGGCAACUGGCAGGAUCAGAACAGUCCGCCGUCGGCCGCCUCGCCCGGCAGCGACCACUCGGACAACUCCAACUGAUGGACGUGGCCGCGCUCCGAACCAGCCCGCCAGGCUCGCGGUCGACAGACACACCUAAUCGACAACAACGAUGACAACGCCGACGACUAGACAGAUUGAAUGAUGGUCACUCUUUAUCCUAAAUCACCCCGCCACACCUGUUACCCUCACUUUGCAGUUUUCACCUUAUUUUUCAAGUCAGUUAAAAUGCUUCUUCACUACGUGUGUGUGUGUGUGAGUGUUUGUUAGUGUAUGUAAGUCUGUAAAUGUGUAUGAAAGAGAGAGUGUAUGUGUGUGUACGUACGUACGUGUGUAUUGGGUUGAGGGUGAAGUUUCUGUGUGUGUGUGUGAAAGGGAGCUCGGGAGGAAGACAAAGAGGAUCAUGGGAUAUUUUUUUUCUCCACUAUAACAUUAUCUCCACUAGUUACUGCCGUGUCUGGAUGCUUGUAGGAAUGGGAGAAAAAUGCAUCACGACAGUUUUCAUGAAUGCUAUAUUAUUAUUAUUAUUAUUAUUAUUAUUAUUAUUGUUAUUUUUAUCAUUGCUAUUAUCUUCUUUCGUUUCUUAAGAGCUCUGAUAGAAAUGAAUUGACUUGGGUGAAGGGGGCAAUAGAGAUAAUCCAAAGAUUGUGUUUUUCUGUGUGUGAGUGUGUGUGUGCGUGUGUAUUUUGUUUUCCUCUUUUUUUACUGGGCUUGUGUGGAUCUAUUAUAUGAAUGAUGUGAGUUUGCUGUCUCUAUAUAUGGUUUGAAUGAGUAUAUCAACAGUGCUGUCUUUUUCUGUACAGUGAAACACCUGUAUUCUCUACCUCUUUUACAAUAAAGACUGUCUGUGUACACAUUCAGAAA